AUGCGUCUCACGUGCCCAUUAAGACAACCGCCGUGUAGCAUUGGGUCGCGGAACAUUUUGGCCACACGCUCCACAUCACGAAUCCUGAGGGACAAGCGCAAGAUCGAGACCUAUAACAUAAAGGAGGAGUUGGCAAAGGGUCGGUACAACGUUCAGGGGCCAAAAUACCCUGAAUUGGACAAACAAGUUGCCGAGUGGGUAGUCAUGGCGAAUGCAAAGAAUGCAUGCGUGACUGGCGAGCUAAUCGCGAGGAAGGGGCUCCAAAUCGCCACCGAGCUGAACCUACAAGAUCAAGUCAAAUGCUCCCAUGGGUGGUUGUACGCUGUUGACGUACUGACUGCCAUGAAGUGGUCAUUGGACGCCUGGGAAAACGUCACGUCAACGACGAUUCGGAACUGUUGGAAUCAUACAGGUAUUGUACCCCGAGAGACGUUGAUGGAGCACCUCCAGUCUCUUCACAUGAGCUCCGGUCAUUUGCUGGAGCGAUUGCUUAAUGAGUUUGAUGUAAACGACUGGUAA